AUGGGCGGCGGUGGUCACUAUCCUUACCCGAAAGAAGUCUGGACCCCAUCUGGUGGAUGGUGGUCGCGCCCAAGCAACUGGAAGGGAAACACUGCUUUCGCUCUCGGCGGUAUCCUCGUCGCUACCUUUGGUGUCUGGAGAUUGUCUGCCAACAGGGAAGAAAGACAUAUUGCUCCUACAAGGCCUAUCCCAUCACAGAUGUGGUCUCCUCAAGCUCGAGAACUCGGUGUCCGACAGGAAUAG